AUGUGGAAACCAGUUGAUGUCCCUUUUCAGAACUCCCAACCUCUCCCUACUCUACCAACAACCGAUGAAAUCCGCGCUUGUACCAAGGUUCUGGGGGAGACCUCGGCCAGCAAGGUUGUGGCGGUAAAUGACGAUAUUGUUGUUAAAUAUGGGCGCCGUGUAGACCUCUGGGAAGGCCAGGCUUUGAUUUACCUUGAACGACAUGUCCCAGAAGUUCCGGCCCCUCGACUGUAUACGAUGUACUAUGAUUCCGAACAACUUUUCUUAAUUAUGCAACGCGUUCCCGGGGUCCAGCUGGAUUCAAUUUGGCCAUCAUUGGCGCCCUCUGAAAAGGAUGAUAUUAUCGCAAAACUUCAACUUACAUUCGACGCAAUGCGAAAGGUUAGUCAUAGAGGAAGCUCAAGUAUAAAUGGAAAUAUUGAUUGA